GACUGCGGACACGGUACAGGAGAUGAUCAGAGACUGCGGACACGGUACAGAGGAUGACCAGAGACUGCGGACACGGUACAGGGAUGACCAGAGACUGCGGACACGGUACAGGGGAUGACCAGAGACACGGUGCGGACACGGUACAGGGGAUGACCAGAGACUGCGGACACGGUACAGGGGAUGACCAGAGACUGCGGACACGGUACAGGGGGAUGACCAGAGACUGCGGACACGGUACAGGGGAUGACCAGAGUCUGCGGACACGGUACAGGAGAUGACCAGAGACUGCGGACACGGUACAGGGGAUGACCAGAGACUGCGGACACGGUACAGGAGAUGACCAGAGACUGCGGACACGGUACAGGGGAUGACCAGAGACUGCGGACACGGUACAGGGACAUGCACAGAUAGGACCGCUGGAGGUCUGCAGAGAAGAGCAGAGUGGCCGGUCUGGUAUUCUAACACAGGGGGGAUACCAG